GCUGCCAGGAGCGCUGUGCAGGGCUCUGGCACGCUGCCCCCACCGAGGAUCCUGCCUCUGCCAGUGCCAGGGCAGUGCAGGGGCUGACAGAGCCUCUCCUCUCCUCUCCCCAGGCUGCUGUGGUGCACACCACAGAGACCAUUCGCCUCCGCUACUUCAUGGACCUGCUGAUGGAGAAGCAGCGGCCGGUGAUGCUGGUGGGGAACGCAGGGACGGGAAAGUCAGUCCUGAUGUGGGACAAGCUGGAAGCUCUCGGCACAGACGAAUACCUGGUGCAGUCUGUGCCCCUCAACUUCUACACAACCUCGGCCAUGCUGCAGGCCGUCCUUGAGAAACCCCUGGAGAAGAAAUCAGGGAGGGUUUUUGGCCCACCUGGCACCAAAAGGCUGAUCUACUUCAUCGACGACAUGAACAUGCCAGAGGUGGACAAGUACGGCACGGUGGCACCACACACGCUGAUGCGGCAGCACCUGGACCACGGGCACUGGUAUGACAGGAACAAGCUGACCCUGAAGGACAUUCGCAACUGCCAGUACGUGGCCUGCAUGAACCCGACCGCGGGCUCCUUCACCAUCGACCCACGGCUGCAGCGCCACUUCUGCGUGCUGGCCGUGUGCUUCCCCAGCCGCGAGGCUCUGAUCACCGUGUACGGCACCAUCCUGGAGCAGCACCUGGCCCGCCACAACAUGGCCAUGCCUGUGCAGAAGAUGCAGCCCAAGCUGGUGGCAGCAGCCCUGGGUGAGCCUUUGCCCCGCCAGGGUGGGACGGGCCCCUGGGGAAUGCUCGGGGGUCUCUGGGGACCUGCUCACCGCCCUGUCCUGCCAACAGCCCUGCACCAGAAGGUUGCCUCCAACUUCCUGCCAACAGCCAUCAAGUUCCACUACAUCUUCAACCUGCGGGACCUCUCCAAUAUAUUCCAGGGGCUGCUGUUCUCCACGCCUGACUGCCUGAAAACCCCCGUGGACUUGGUGCGUCUCUGGCUCCACGAAGCAGAGAGGGUGUAUGGAGACAAGCUUGUCGAUGAAGACGAUCAGUACAGCUUCAAGAAGGUGAUGGCUGACAUCAGCAAAGCCUCCUUUCAGGAGAUCAAUGAGGAGCUGAUGUUCGCCAAGCCCAACAUCUACUGCCACUUUGCCCAGGGCAUGGAUGAGUUCAAGUACAUGCCAGUGACAAGCUGGGCAUCCCUGAGUGCCCUGCUCGGGGAAGCCCUGGACAGCUACAAUGAGGUGAAUGCAGCGAUGAAUCUGGUGCUCUUUGAAGACGCAGUGUCUCACAUUUGCAGAAUUAGCCGGAUCUUGGAGUCCCCUCGGGGCAAUGCACUGCUGGUGGGGGUGGGAGGCAGUGGGAAGCAGAGCCUGGCUCGGCUGGCAGCUCACAUCAGCAACCUGAGCGUGUUCCAGAUCACGCUGAGGAAAGGCUACGGCAUCCCAGACCUGAAGCUGGACCUUGCCUCCCAGUACAUGAAAGCAGCUGUGAAGAACAUCCCCAGCGUGUUCCUGAUGACAGACUCCCAGGUGGCUGAAGAAUCAUUCCUGGUUGUGAUCAAUGAUUUCUUGGCGUCCGGGGAGGUGCCAGGCCUCUUUCAGGAUAAUGACAUGGAAACCAUCAUCGGGUCCAUGAGGCCUCAAGUGAAGUCGCUUGGAUUGGAGGAUACAAAGGAAAACUGCUGGAAAUUAUUUAUAGAUAAAGUCAGGCGCCAGUUAAAGGUCGUCCUGUGCUUCUCGCCCGUGGGCUCCACCCUGCGUGUGCGGGCCAGGAGGUUCCCAGCUGUGGUCAACUGCACGGCCAUCGACUGGUUCCACGAGUGGCCCGAGGACGCGCUCGUGUCCGUCAGCAGCCGCUUCCUGGAGGAAACCCCGGACAUCGAGCCAGAGGUCAAGGCCUCCAUCAGCGAGUUCAUGUCCUUCGUCCACACAAGCUCAAAGGAGAUGUCCAAGAUCUACCUGACCGUGGAGAGACGCUAUAACUACACCACGCCAAAGACCUUCCUGGAGCAGAUAAAGCUCUACCAGAACCUGCUGGCAGAUAAAAGGAACAACCUCUCCAGCAGCAUCGACAGGCUGGAGAAGGGGCUGAUGAAGCUGCGGAGCACAGCAUCACAGGUGGAUGACCUGAAAGCCAUGCUGGCAGUCCAGGAGGUGGAGCUGAAGCAGAAGAAUGAGGACACAGACAAACUGAUCCACGUGGUGGGCGUUGAGACGGAGAAGGUCAGCAAGGAGAAAGCCAUUGCUGAUGAGGAGGAGCUGAAGGUCGAGGCCAUCAACAAGAUGGUGGCUGAGAAGCAGCGAGCCUGCGCGAGCGACCUGGCAGAAGCAGAGGUGGUGCUCUCGGCCGCCCGCGAGGCGCUCGACACGCUCAACAAGUACAACCUGACAGAGCUGAAGUCCUUUGGGUCCCCACCGCCAGAGGUAGUGAACGUGAUGGCAGCUGUGCUGAUUCUGACAGCUGAAAACGGCAAGAUUCCGAAGGACAAGAGCUGGACAGCAGGAAAAGUCAAGAUAGGAAAAGCAGACACCUUCCUUGCAAGCUUAAAAAACUUUGAUGGGGAAAACAUCCCUGAGCCCUGUCUCAAGGCAUUUGAGCCCUACCGGAACGACCCCAGCUUUAAUCCCGAGUUCAUCAAGUCCAAGUCCACGGCCGCAGCAGGGCUGUGCUCCUGGUGCCUCAACAUGGUGCGCUUCUACGAGGUGCACUGCAUAGUGAAGCCCAAGAGACAGGCAGUGGCCGAUGCUGAUGCUGAGCUGGCAGAGGCGCAGGCAAGGCUGAGUAAAAUCAAGAGCAAAAUUGUGGCCCUGAAUCAAAAUCUGGCGACUCUCACUGCUCAGUUUGAGAAAGCCACAGCAGAGAAGAUCAAAUGCCAGCAGGAGGCUGAUGAAACCAGCAAAGUCAUCAACUUGGCAAACAGGCUCGUUGGGGGCCUGGCGUCCGAGAACGUGCGCUGGGCUGAGUCCGUGGAGGAUCUCAAAGUGCAGGAGAAGACGCUGUGCGGGGACGUGCUGCUGGUCUCUGCCUUCGUGUCCUACAUCGGAUACUUCACCAAGAGGUACAGGGCUGAGCUGAUGGAGAAGCACUGGCUCCCCUUCCUCCAGGCGCAGAAGGUGCCCAUCCCCAUCACCCCGGACCUGGACCCCCUGAGCCUCCUCACGGACUCGGCCGACGUGGCUGCCUGGAACAACCAGGGGCUGCCCAGCGACCGCACCUCCACCGAGAACGCGGCCAUCCUGUGCAGCACGCAGCGCUGGCCGCUGCUCGUGGACGCCCAGCAGCAGGGCGGAAAGUGGAUCAAGAACAAAUUUGGGGAGGACCUGCAGAUCGUCCGCCUGGGCCAGAAGAGAUACCUGGACAUCAUUGCCCAGGCGGUCUCUGAAGGACAGACGCUGCUCAUCGAGGACAUCGGGGAGACCAUAGAGGCAGUGCUGGACCCGCUGCUGGGCAGGACCUUAAUGGGCAGAUACAUUAGGAUUGGAGAUAAAGAAGUAGAGUAUAACCAGCAGUUCCGCCUAAUCCUGCAUACCCGAAGUUUCAACCCACACUACAAGCCAGAGGUGCAGGCUCAGUGCACUCUCAUCAACUUCUUGGUGACGCGGGAGGGCCUGGAGGACCAGCUGCUGGCUGCUGUGGUGGCCCGGGAGCGGCCAGACCUGGAGGCCCUGAAGGCAAGCCUGACCAAGAGCCAGAACGAGUUCAAGAUCAAGCUGAAGGAGCUGGAGGACUCCCUGCUCGCCCGGCUGUCGGCUGCCGGGGGAGAUUUCCUGCGGGAUACAGCACUGGUGGAGAACCUGGAGAUAACGAAGCGCACAGCCAAGGAAAUUGAGGAAAAGGUAAAAGAAGCCAAAGUCACUGAAGUACAAAUAAACGUUGCGAGAGAGAACUACCGGCCGGCAGCAGAGCGUGCAUCCCUGCUGUACUUCAUCCUGAGUGACCUCUGCAAGAUCAACCCCAUCUACCAGUUCUCUCUCAAGGCCUUCAACGGGGUCUUUGAGAAAGCCAUCGAGCGAGCAGUCCCCAGCGACGACACCCGGGAAAGGGUGAUCAACCUGACCGACCAGAUCACCUUCUCUGUCUAUGUGUACACUGCUCAGGGCCUCUUUGAGAGAGACAAACUCAUCUUCCUGGCCCAGGUUACCUUCCAGGUCCUGGCCCUCAAGAAAGAAGUGAACCCAGCAGAGCUGGACUUUCUCCUGCGCUUCCCUUCCAAGACUGGAGUCACGUCCCCUGUGGACUUCCUGCCCAACCAGAACUGGGGUGCUGUCAAGGCGCUUUCAGAAAUGGACGAGUUCACCAGCCUGGAGAACGACAUCGAGAGCUCAGCAAAGCGAUGGAAAAGGUUUGUGGAGAUGGAGGCGCCAGAGAACGAGGUGCUCCCCAUGGACUGGAAGAACAAGACAGCCCUGCAGAAGCUGUGUGUGCUGCGGUGCCUGCGCCCCGACAGGAUGACCUAUGCCAUCAGGAACUUUGUGGAAGAGAAAAUGGGAAGCAAGUAUGUGAAAGGAAGGAGCAUUGAUUUCUCUGAGGUGUACAAGGAGAGCAGCCCCUCCUCGCCCAUGUUCUUCAUCCUCUCCCCUGGUGUUGACCCACUGAAGGACGUGGAGGCUCUGGGCACGAGGCUGGGCUUCACCAUUGACAACGGGAAGAUCCACAACGUGUCCCUGGGGCAGGGCCAGGAGGUGGUGGCAGAGCACGCCAUGGAGGUGGCGGCUGCCAAGGGCCACUGGGUCAUCCUGCAGAACAUCCACCUGGUGGCACGGUGGCUGAGCACGCUGGAGAAGCUGGUGGAGCACCACAGCCUAGAAAGCCACCCCGAGUACCGACUGUACAUGAGCGCCGAGCCAGCCCCCAGCCCCGAGACACACAUCAUCCCGCAGGGGCUGCUGGACAACUCCAUCAAGAUCACCAACGAGCCGCCCACAGGCAUGCGUGCCAACCUGCACGGAGCCCUGGACCUCUUCAAUCAGGAAAUUCUGGAGCAGUGCAGCAAAGAGUCGGAGUUCAGGUGCAUCCUGUUCGCCCUCUGCUACUUCCACGCCGCGGUGGCCGAGCGGCGCAGGUUCGGGACCCAGGGCUGGAACAGGUCCUACCCCUUCAACAACGGCGACCUGACCGUCUCUGUCAACGUCCUGCAGAACUACCUGGAGGCCAACGCCAAGGUCCCGUGGGAUGACCUCCGGUACCUGUUUGGGGAGAUCAUGUACGGGGGGCACAUCACGGACGACUGGGACCGCCGGCUGUGCCGCACGUACCUGAGCGAGUACGUGCAGCCCGAGAUGCUGGACGGGGAGGUGUCCUUGGCUCCAGGGUUCAUGAUCCCUCCCCGCAUGGAUUACGAGGCCUACCACCAGUACAUCGAUGACAACCUGCCAGGAGAGAGCCCCCACCUGUACGGGCUGCACCCCAAUGCAGAGAUGGGAUUCCUGACCGUCACCUCGGACAGGCUCUUCCGCACGGUGCUGGAGCUGCAGCCCAAGGAAUCCGAGGCUGCCGGAGGCUCGGGUGUCUCCCGAGAGGAACAGGUGAAGGCAGUCCUGGAUGAAAUCGUCCAGCAGCUGCCAGACCCAUUCAACAUGGAGGAGAUGAUGGGAAAGGCAAAGGAAAAAACCCCAUACACGGUUGUAGCCCUCCAGGAGUGUGAGAGGAUGAACAUCCUGACCAACGAGAUGAGGCGCUCGCUGAAGGAGCUGGACCUGGGACUGCAGGGAGAGCUGACGAUUACAUCCGAGAUGGAGGAGCUGUCAAAUGCUCUCUUCUAUGACAACGUUCCAGAAUCAUGGACACGUUAUGCCUACCCCUCCCUCCUCACCCUGGCCAACUGGUACGCGGACCUGCUCCUGCGGAUCAGGGAACUGGAAGUCUGGUCAACAGAUUUUGUGCUGCCUGCAACAGUGUGGCUGGCGGGAUUCUUCAACCCCCAGUCCUUCCUCACAGCCAUCAUGCAGUCCACAGCCAGGAAAAAGCAGUGGCCACUGGACAAGAUGUGUCUGGCAGCGGAGGUGACCAAGAAAACCCGCGAGGAAAUAACAUUUCCCCCUAGAGAAGGCUCCUACGUGCACGGGCUGUUCAUGGAAGGCGCGCGCUGGGACGUGCCCACGGGCUCCAUCGCGGACGCGCGCAUGAAGGAGCUGACGCCCGAGAUGCCGGUGAUCCUGCUCAGGGCCAUCCCCGUGGACCGCAUGGACACCAUCAACGUCUACGAGUGCCCCGUCUACAAGACACGGACGCGAGGGCCCACCUACGUCUGGACCUUCAACCUGAAGACGAAAGAAAAAGCUGCCAAGUGGGUCCUGGCCGGUGUGGCUCUGCUCCUAGAGGCCUAGAUUUAAUGACAAGGGAAAACAGCAGUACUUUUAGUUGUAAAAACCUCCCCGUUGUGUAACUCAGCCUAUGUUUGAUUGUACCAGAACCGUUUUAGCAAAGUUUGAAUAAAGCCAGUG